CGAGCACCAUUCAACAAAUAAACGUUCAACCACUAGUAGAUCAGAUUUUUUUCAAGGUUUCCUAUUUCCUACUCUUUUAUUUCCUAGUUUUUUUUCAGAAGUAAUUAAAUUUGAGUUACUCAAAUUGAGUAUACAAUCAAGCCGGCAUGUGCAAGUUUUUUCCGAGUUAAACAGCGUUUGCGAGUGUUACCUUGAGCGAUAAAUAUAAAGUUUUAUUUUUGACCGAAAGUCUGUUUUCCUAUUAAUCUGCAUCAAAAUUUAUUCGUCCCACGUUCUUUACUUGUCGGAGUUGUAUCUCUUGUGGAAAAUGCAACCAUCGCAGCAACCGUCAUCUCAUCUCGACGUCGCCCGUUGCAACUCUAGGAAUGAGGGGCUAGAGGAACGUAUGGCCGGUGACGAGAUCAGCAUUUUGGACGUGGUCACACGACCUGCAACUCCUUCGGGAACUGCCACAUCGUCCCUCAUGGAUAACCUCAAGCCCAAGAAAGAAACGGUCAUGAGCCACAAGACCAAGGUCACCCAGCUGAAGCCUCUCGGACGGAUUAUGUACGAAUGGGAAUGGGACAUUACAAAAUUUGACAAGGCGUUUCCACUGAUGAGAAAUGCAGCUAAUUUUGGGAAAACCAAGACUCUCAUGUCGGAAAAACUCAUUGCUGGAAAGGAGAUUGGGCGAAAAUCGGAAUGGAAUUUCGUAUUAUCUGAGACUAAUGGUAGUCUCAGCUGGCACAUUUUACUCAGCAAGAUCAUCAAGAAGGGCAUGCAAAAUCUUCACACCGCUUUUUCCGUCAAAAUCGUGGAUAAGAAUGGAAUGCAGCUUUUGCAAGACAAUCGACGUUUCUGCGAUUUCGGGGAACACUUUCGAUUCGGGUGGAAUGACUUUAUUGAUUUGGAAAACCUGUACGCACAAAGAGGCAGUUUCCUAGUUGACAACACACUCCGAAUCAGAGUGUUGUUUGAAAUGUAUGCUGACGCAACCCAACGAGAUCUUGAGUCCGUCAAGCAAGAUAAGGACGAUUUUGCUAAAAUUGUAACCCAUGACUUGAAUCGUUUACGCACGGCAACUGGUACAGCCGACGUGCAUUUGGAAUGUGAAGGAAAAGUUUUUCCUGUUCAUAAGCUAAUUUUGUCAGCUCGCAGUGAGGUAUUUGCAAAGAUGUUUGAAGCUACUUUUCCAAGCCCAUCCAGUUCACGGACUAAACGCUCUGCGACUGCUGGUGGAGACAAUCCACCCGAAUACGAACAAAUGGUUGCUACUGUUGCUAUUCCUGAUGUUGAAGCGAAAAUUCUGGAAAUUUUAUUGGAGUAUGUGUACUCUGGAAAUGUGAAACCGUUAAACAAUCCUGAAUUACUCACCGGUGUGAUCCGAGCCGCUGACAAAUAUGAACUCGCCGAUUUGAAAUCGUAUUGCUUCAAUGCUUUGAUGAAUUUUUUGAAUGAAGAUAAUAUCGGACAAUUGGCUGUAUUGGCUCAUCGACACCAAGCAGAUAAGAAUGUCCGGAUGAAUAUAAACGGGUACUCUCUCCGACGUUUGGCCGAGUUGAUGAAGAAAAAGUCUUUCCGGGAUGCUUUGAAAAUGGAACCAGAUGCAUUCUUUCCUGAUGACGAAUGUAUGUAGUUUUUCAAAUGGAUUAACUCUACAGAGUUAAAGUGGUACAUCACUUUAGUACAACUUCAACUUUUGCUUUCGAUUAUACUCUUGGUACCACUUGACAUUUAUACUGUUAUUUGUUAGAAUCUAAUUUAUUAUAUAUCUCACUAGUUGACUUGUUAAGUUAUAUUUAAACAAUUUACAACCAUUGUAAAAACAGCAUUCUUUUAUUUCAAAACAUUUGCAAAUUAGACAACUUUUAAUAAACUAGAACAAUGUAUUUGAUUCAUAA